UGUUUCUGUCCCACUACAAACAAAAAACCAAAUGCGGCGGCUGUUACUAAACAACAAUGGACAAUUCUGUGUGUCCCAACUUGUUACGCGACAUGUGAGUAGCAAUAAUGGUGCAGGCACCUCGGCCAUUUCUCAAACACAAAAACAGGAGUCACAGUCGAAUACAACGACGGCCAGCAGUAAAGAAGAUAAAUAUGGUGCCAAAUACUGCAUGAACCUUGUGCAAAAAUACGAUUAUGAGAACUAUCUGAGUACGCUUCUCCUACCCAAAGAGUUACGACCGGCAGCCUUUGCGUUGCGCGCCUUUAAUGUGGAAGUCUCGCGCUCCGUUGGCGCCCAGAUUAGCGAACCACAAAUAGCUAAGAUGCGUCUAAAGUUCUGGUACGACUCUAUUGACAAGUGCUUCGAACCAGAGGCCAGUAAAUCCUAUGUCAAGGAUCAGCCUGUGCUGCGAGAACUUAGACGCACUGUGGGCGCUCGCAAACUAAAUAAGAUCUAUCUGCGGCGUCUGGUCACUGCACGUGAACGUCCAGCGAAUCAGGCAUUUGAAACACUGCGUGAACUGGAGGAUUAUGCCGAUCAAACGUGCGCAUCCAUGCUGCAUCUGCUCGUGGAGUUGAGCGGCAUCAAAGAUCUGCAGGUGGAUCAUGCCGCCUCGCAUUUGGGCAAGGCCCAAGGCAUUGCCAUUUUGUUGCGCGCUAUACCACAUGCUGGACGCCAACAGGCGGUUUGUGUGCCGCUCGAAGUGCUGGUCAAGCAUGGUGUGAGUCAGGAGCGCAUCUUGCGCAGCGAUCGCAACGAUAAGGGCGUCGAGGAAUGCAUCUUUGAGGUGGCGAGUCUGGCAAACACUCAUUUAAAAUUGACGCGUCAAUUGUUACCAGAAGUGCCGCGUGUGGUGCGCAAGAUCUUUCUGCCUGCAGUUGCCAUCGAUGGUUACUUGGAACGAUUGCGACGUUCACACUUUCUUUUGGCGCACCCCAGUUGCAUGAAACGAGACACCUUGUUGCCUGCACGCCUCUUCUGGAAGACACUGUUUAACAAAUACUAAGGCUUAAAUAAUAUUGUAGUGUACGAGCUUGUUAAAUUUGUUAAUUAUUAAAAGCAAUUGCAUAACAU